AUGAUUGUUCUUUCUUUUCUAGUUCCUCAAAUCCCAGAUGGAGAAACGUCGACGGGAGAGAAUGAACUGCAGUCUGGAGCAUCUGAGGACCAUGUUGCUGCAGGAGCCUCCACAACUGACUGCGGCUCAGCAAAAACUGGAGAAAGCGGAGAUCCUCGAGCACACGGUCCUCCUUCUCCGGAGCAGCGCCACAGGAGACAUAAUGCGAGCUCGAGGAGGAGGUGGCGGAGGACAGAGACACUCCUUCCAAGACGGCUUCUCCUCCUGCCUGCAGAGAGCGGCUCAGUUCCUGGGGCCUCAGGGGAAAGGCCUGCGGCUCGGAGCGUCGCUGGAUGCACGUUUUUCCCCUCGCUUCGCCUCUUCAGACUCUGACCCCACUGGAUUCCGGCUGAGAACCGAAGCCUGGUCCUGCUCCAGCUCUCUCCCUCAGACCCAGUCCCUUCUUCGGACGCUCAGGCAGAAGUCGAAGCUCAGGGUGCAAACAGAGACCUUAGGUGUGAACAGUUCGGUUCAUCCAUACCAACGUCCAGAGCAGCUUGGGUCUCCCAGAGUGCCACAAGAUUCUCAGACACAAAGUCAACUUGAGGUCAGAGAGUCGAGUCGAGGAGGCAAACAGAGCUUAAGCCUCCCAGUCAGCCAGACCGUGUGGAGGCCUUGGCCCUGAUCACCAGGCAGUGAACUCUCUGCAACUCAAUUUAUAAAUGACUGACUGAUUGUCAAUAUGAUUCAUAUUCGCAGGAGUCAAGAAUAUCUGCUCUUUGAUAACUCAUAAGAGUUGUAAUCACCCCCAGCCUGUAAAUAAUGCAAUCAUCUCAGGUGAACAUGUGUGAUAGAGUUCGCUCUCUGCUUCUGAAUGAGCUCAGUCAGAGGAGCAGCCGUGAUGUGGUCUGCUGACAGGCACACAGGGACUCAGCCGGCCGGGCCGAGCCGAGCCGGACCGUGCUGUCCAGCUGGGACUGUUGCUGUGCCGAAGAGUGAGU